AUGCUACUACGAACCGUAUCGGCAGCCACCGCCGAGACAACCGUCGGAGUGAUAAACAGGAACACCUUCUUCGAUCUCUUCAAAAGAUCAACUUCUCUCUCUCACCUUACGCAAACCCAUGCUCAGAUCAUUCUCCAUGGCUUCCGAAACGACAUCGUAUUGGUCACCAAGCUUACGCAACGGCUCUCUGAUCUCGGCGCCAUUCACUACGCGCGCGACCUCUUCCUCUCCGUCGAGAGACCCGACGAGUUCCUCUGCAACGUCAUCAUGCGCGGAUUCUCCAACAAUGAAUUACAUCACUCCUCGCUUUCUGUGUUCGCCCACCUAAGGAAAUCAACUGAUCUCAAGCCCAAUAGCUCCACCUACACGUACGCUAUCUCGGCUGCUUCGGGUUUUCGUGACGAGAGAGCCGGCCGUGCGAUUCAUGGUCAAGCGGUCGUCGGUGGGUUUGACUCGGAGGACUUGAUCAACGAGAGCUGUACCCGUUUGGACUCAACAACGUUGCUGAAUAUUCUUCCCGCUGUUGCAGAGUUGCAGGAGCUGAGACUCGGGAUGCAAAUCCAUAGUCUUGCGACAAAAACAGGGUGCUACUCCCACGUUUUUGUUCUCACCGGUUUCAUCUCAGUGUACUCGAAGUGUGGGAAGAUUGAGUUGUUAAGUACUCUGUUUCGAGAGUUUCGUGUACCAGAUGUAGUAGCUUACAACGCAAUGAUUCACGGGUACGCAUCAAAUGGAGAGACUGAGCUCUCCUUAAGGCUGUUUAAAGAGCUGGUGUUAUCUGGAACAAGGCUUCUUGUCUCAUGA